AUGUUGAGUGGUUCAGGUGCAUUGGGAGUUGGUGCGAAAUCAGGAGGUUUAGAUCAAGAAAAGAAAGGAACGACGGUUGCUGAGUCCAAGGGAAAAUCAGAUGUAAAUCAAUCAAGAUCAAGAAGAGAACACGGUCUUAAGAAGGACGAUGAUCCAUAUCCUUCUUUUGAUUUUAAGCGAGAAUUACUCUCAGAACAUACUGCAUCUAGAAGUUCUGUAGAACAUGAACCAAUAUUUUAUGAUUUGCAAACAGGUAAUUCUUCUCAGGAACUUCAUACCACAGUCAUACCUCAGAAUACCACAGUUAUUUUUCCAAAUACUUACAGCAAUAAACAACGCCCUUUUAAUGAAAUUAUUGAGUCUGCUAGUAAUGAAACAAGUCAAAGUCAGUUAAAUACUGCAAAUCUAAAAAGUGAGAAAGAGAAGAAUGAGUUGAAUCCUGUUUAUUAUAACAAGACAUCCUUUACAGAUUUAAAUAAAGACGAUAAAUUAAAGCAAUUAUCUAGCCAAAACUCAUCGAACAAAAUGGAUAUUCAAUUAUUUAAUAAUCCAUCACCUGUGCCUGCUAUUCCUUAUGAAACUGUAGAAGGAAUAAAUCCUCAAAAUGACAGUAGUUGUAGCAUCAGCUCAAAUAAUAACAGUAUCUCUGCUUUGAAAAUUUCGUAUAGAUUUUUUGAUACUGUACAUGAGUCCAACAAGGAAAGAAUUCUCAACGAUUACAGUGUGCCUAUAAAUGAUAAAAGAAGUAAAAUUGAGAUGGCACCUUCGAUUGUUUUUACUCCUGAUGAUCUCAAAAACGCGAACCAUUCGCUUCGGAUUGAAACAGAGGUGACACAGUCGAAUGUUCAUUCUACUGACGAUCUUAAAAACGCCAACUAUUCGCUUUGGAAUGAAACUGACAUGGUAACUUCAAACGUUUAUUCUACUGACGAUAUCAAAAACGCCAACCAUUCUCUUUGGAAUGAAGCUGACAUUGCACCUUCAAACGUUUAUUCUACUGACGAUAUCAAAAACGCCAAACAUUCUCUUUGGAAUGAAGCUGACAUUGCACCUUCAAACGUUUAUUCUACUGACGAUCUCAAAAACGCCAACUAUUCGCUUCGGAAUGAAACUGACAUGCUAACUUCAAACGUUUAUUCUACUUACGAUAUCAAAAACGCCAACCAUUCUCUUUGGAAUGAAGCUGACAUUGCACCUUCAAACGUUUAUUCUACUGACGAUAUCAAAAACGCCAACCAUUCUCUUUGGAAUGAAGCUGACAUUGCACCUUCAAACGUUUAUUCUACUGAUGAUCUCAAAAACGCCAACUAUUCGCUUCGGAAUGAAACUGACAUGGUACCCUCAAACGUUUAUUCCACUGACGAUCUCAAAAACGCCAACCAUUCGCUUCGGAAUGAAACAGAAGUGGCGGCACCUUCGACUGUUCAUUCUACCGAUGAUCUCAAAAAGGCCAACCAUUCGCUUUGGAAUGAAACAGAAGUGGCGGCACCUUCGAAUGUUCAUUCUACUGAUGAUCUCAAAAAGGCCAACAAUUCGCUUCCCUGUCUGGCGAGUCCAACAGCUUGCUCCGAAGAUUUAUUGUCAUCUUGCUUCCCACUAAUGAAGAAUGCCUUCAUUACUUAUUGUGCAAAUGACACUACAGAAGAUGCCAAAAAUAUGAGAAAUGAGAUAUUGCAUGACGAAUUGAAUACUCCUUUGAAGACAUGUGUUAAAGAAAUUUUCAACAACUGCUCAGAGGUGACCUUCAGAUGCAUACUGGGGUUAUUGGACAUCUUUCCAAAUAAUACAAAGACCACUAAUAAGAACAUGACAUCUUGCAAAUUUUCUGUGUUUUCUAAGCUUUUAAUUGAAAAAAUUAACAUAAAACCAUUAAAAUUGGUGCCUUCAUCAUAAAUUUAGGCAUCAAAUUCUUUUGAAUAAUUUAAAGCCUCUUUGAAUGGUAAAUCAGUUUAAUCGUUUUUAUUACACUUCUUAUAAAGGUGUUUCAGUUUGUGUUCCUUUAAAUUUGUCCUAAUUCUCUAUGCUGAUA